AUGUGUGACCAGCAGAAGCAGCCACAGUUCCCCUCAUCUUGUGUGAAAGGUUCAGGAUUGGGAGCUGUACAGAGUACCAAAUGUACCUCUGUGAAAUGCCCAGCUCCAUCCCAGACUCAAGCCUGUGUGAAAUGCCAAGUGCCAUGCCAGACUCAAACCUAUGUGAAAUAUGCAACUCCUGGCCAGAUGUAUGUGAAAUGCCCAGCUCCAUCCCAGACAACCUAUGUGAAAUGCCCAGCUCCUUGUCAGACAUACAUGAAGUGCCCAGCUCCAUGCCAGACAACCUAUGUGAAGUGCCCAGCCCCCUGCCAGACCCAGGCAUGCUAUGGCCAGGGCCCUUCUUCCGGCCAGACCUACUACGUUCAGGCUCCUGCGAGUAGCUUGACCAACUUAUGCUGUGCACCUGAUCCAUGCUCUGCACCCUGUUCCACCAGCUACUGCUGCCUGGCUCCCCGGACCUUCGGGGUGAGUCCCCUGAGACGCUGGGUCCAGCGACCCCAGGACUGCAGCUCAGGAUCAUCUGGCUGCUGUGAAGGUUCUGGGUGCUGCAGCUGUGGGGGCUGUGGUUCUGGGUGCUGCUGUUUGGGGAUUAUCCCCAUGAGGUCCCGAGGUCCUGCGUGCUGUGAUCGUGAGGAUGACUGCUGCUGUUAA